AUGCCACUUUGCCUCUAUGAGUGUCUGAGGGCUGUCGGGCUACAGAGUUACUAUGCCAGGUUUACCUCAUUGGGUGUUCAUCGUGCAGCCCACCUUUCGGUGCUGACCAUGGAGGAUUACCCCAUCCUGGGAAUCCGCUCUAUGGAGGAAAGGACUCGGCUCUUCCAUCUGGUCCAAAUGGUCAAAACUCUUGAUCUUGAAUAUGAAAAUGAAUAUGCAAAUCACGAUGCGGAUGGUGGAAAUGAAGGCUACCCUGGAGCAGAAAGUAGUUUUACUUAUGACGGUUGUGUAGAUCCUGAUGACGAUGUAUGUGAUGAUGACGAUGAGAAAGGUGCUGCUCACAGGUUCUACUUUGACCAGGUUUUUGGGGAGGAGAGCUCCAAUGAGGAGGUUUAUCGAAGAACAGCAUAUCCUCUGGUACAGCACAUGCUCAAUGGAGGUAAGGCCACCUGCUUUGCAUAUGGCCAGACAGGUGCAGGGAAGACUCACACCAUGUUGGGUUCUCCUGUGAGACCAGGGUUGUAUGCACUGGCAGUUCUGGACAUCUUUGCUUACCUCUCCACCACUCACAUGCACUCACCCUUGCUGGUGUAUGUCAGUUUCUUUGAAAUCUACUGUGGGCAGCUGUAUGACCUGUUGGACCACAGAAAAAGGUUGUUUGCCAGGGAAGAUGGACAAAAUGUGGUUCACAUUGUUGGGCUGCGUGAUGUCAGAGUGGACUCAGUCAGCUCACUGUUGGAGGUGAUUUCAAGAGGUACAGAAGAGCGCACACAAGGGAUGAGUGGCGUGAAUCCCCUCUCCUCCCGUUCCCAUGCCUUGCUUCAGAUUCAGCUUAGAGAUACAAACCAGAAGAUUGCUGGUAGAAUGUGGUUUGUGGACCUAGCAGGAAGUGAGAGGGCAUCAGAUACCAAAGAACCAGAUAGACAGAGUCGUAUGGAGGGAGCUGAGAUCAACCAGAGUCUUUUGGCUCUUAAAGAAUGUAUCCGGUCCCUUGAUCAAGGGUCGCACACACCUUUCAGACAAAGCAAACUUACUCAGGUUUUGAAAGACUCGUUUGUUGGAGACUCAAUGACCUGCAUGAUUGCCAACAUUUCACCUGGUCACUUAGCAACUGAACACACACUAAAUACACUGAGAUACGCCGACCGGGUCAAGGAGUUGAGGGGACAAGUUGGGCUGAGAGGAGGAAGAAGGGGCAAGACAAUGCACUCCCCCAAACGAAACCUGUCCAACAGCAGCAGCAGCAGUAGCAGCGGAAGGAACAUGGUUGGAACCAGAGGGAAAAGUCCCCCUAAAAAGCCAAAGUUAGAGCGACAUUUUGGCCUCAACAUACCUACCUCGAGAUUUACCACAAGGGGUUCCAUUCUCUGCUCCACACCCAAAAACAGUAGAUGGGGAGAGGAAACAAGUCCAAGCACAAGAUAUGGGAUUGGACUUGAACAAAUUACACCAGUCAGAGGUCUGCUGGGAAAAGGUGAUAUGAGUGAGAGAACAGGUGGGAGGGAAGGUAGAAGAAGAGAAAGGUAUGGAGUAACUGACAGUGCAGGCCACUCAGAUGGUGACAGACAGAUCAUGGCAGGGCUGGUCAUUGGACAAGCAACAGAUGAGCAGAUUCUCUUAAGGGAGGUGCAGAAGGAAUCUGGAUUCACCCAUGGAGAAAAAGAGAAUCAGCAGAGCACUUUGAAAGGGGGAAGAAAGGAGGAGAGAAGACAGAUUGAACAGGGAAGACAAGUGGUAAGCAGUAGAGACACAUGUAGUGAUGUAGAAAGGCUAAGUGUAAGGGAUAUACAAAAAGAUGAUGAAAGGAAUAAGGAGCAGGAGAGGCAUCUGAGACAGUAUCACCAGCAGCUGCAGCAGUUUAUGCCCUCAUCAGCUUCUUCAUCCGUCCAUCUCUCCUCACCCUCAACAUGUCCGUCCUAUUCUUCUUCUAAUCAGGCCUCGCUCUCUUUUUCUGUCCCUCCAUCUUCCUCUUCUUCUUUCCAACACUCUUCCCGCUUCUCAGUUUCUAACCGUAUUUAUCAUGGUUUGGAAGAGGUUUUGGAUGCAUACAGAGCUAAUGUUGAGGUUAGGGCUGCUUGUAACAAUAAACAGUUGUCUUUCUUCCCCAGUGGAGAGAUUUGCUUACAAGCUGAAACCUCUCCAAGCUACAGUAAAAAUAAGGAUGAGGUUGGUCACGGUGGUUCAGAUGGUGCUGGUGAAAAGUGGAGGGUAUCUAGGGAGGCGACAGAGGCAAUAUUUGGACAAGACGGAGGUAAACAUGAGAAGAGGUCACAGAAGGGAACCGGGGAAGGAGAGGUAAGAGUAAGGAGGAGAGAGUGGAAGCCAGCUGGGACAGAAGGAAGAAGAGAGAGGAGGUGGGCUACUACAACAGAGACAGAGCGGGCGAACAGGAUGACAGGUGCAAUGCCAGCUGACGUAGAGGCCUUAGUGGUGUACAACUGUGACUCAGAAGAGAGUAGAGAAGAGGGUGGGGAAGAAAUAAACCCCUCAGAUGUCCCAACUGAUGGAGUGUGGAGUACUGAGGAGCGAGAAGGAGCUGAUGGCUACGGUUUACUGUCCACUCACAGCAGCAUUGACAGCAACAUCCUCUUUAACCACCCUCCUGCUGAGUCAUCCCAUCAACGAGCUCCAGCAGAACGACCCCUCUCCCCAGCCUGUGGACUUACCAACGCACUCCUGACCCCUAAUAAACUCAGUGAUCUCUCCCUUAAGUUUAAACAUUGCAGAUGCCCCUCAAACAUCGUGCCUCUGCCAAUUCAAAAUGCUCAACAUGGAGGGCCUUCAAGCAGCUAUAGAGAAGAGCAACCACGGUUUGCAGCUCACGCCAAUAGAACAGACUUUUCAAAUUCUCAAUCGGCCACAGUACCUCUCACUACUCCCAUCACACGGAGUGGUUGUAACAUAUCUGCUGAGCCCCUUAACAUAUUAUCUGAAAGUCCAGCUUACACUAGGGUUCACAACCAUCCAGAGGUAAAAGCCAAAAGGUCUGGUUUACCUCAAGAAGUGACUGCAGAUUCUCUCAGUUACAUCAUGGACCCCAUCAGCAUCUCCUUGCUUCAAGUGGACCAACGGACUGCCACUGCCUCGUUCCUACAAGGGGAACAGAAAAGCACCUCACUGUGUCCUCUUGAGACUGAAAGGGGAGAAGAUAACAGGAGGGAAGGGGAAAAAGAACGUCUCACAUAUGACUAUUGUGGAAAAGGUAUGAUGAAGCCUCCAAUCCCUGAGGUUAUGCUGGUCUCUCGCCAGGACCAAGAGAACAAUCAGAAACCCCAAACUACACCAGCUAUUGCAGUCCUGGGCUACAUACCUCCUGCAUCCGCACUUAAAACCUCUACAUGUGGUCCUACAAAAUCAAAUAGGCAAGAGAGCGCCAACAAUCAGAAAAUAAUCAAUCUGUCCACGCUGGAAGAUUUGGAUCACAGGCAGUGUUGUGUUGUCCAGGCCCAUUGGGAGCAGCUAGAAGAGAUGGAAGCUUUAUGUCUUAAAGAGGGGACUCUUCUGUGCCAGCAACCUGAUAUGGCAUUUGAGGAGUAUGUCCAUAAACUCGAGGAUAUCAUGGAGAGAAAGGCUCGCUGUAUCCAAAGCAUGAUAGCUCAUUUGCAGCCAUACCUUAAGCCAAAUCCAUCUAACCAGCAACAGGACAGAGAGGAAGAUAAUCAGGAUCUGAAUUAA